GAAUUUAGUGACCAAACAAGUGCUUGUCCUGAAGGCACAUAUCGGAGUGUGCAUUCCUUUGCAUGAAGCUUUUACCCUCUGUUUAAAGAUGCCCAAGAACACUACAAGUACUAAGUGAACAAGCACCCUGCAUUCCUUUGUAAGGUAGACAUAGGCAGAUGUAUUUUUUUCCUUCAACAUUUCAGCCAAAGCCAUAUAACCUACCUAAAGAAUGAAAAGCUGGAUUGUACUGCUGGCAAUUGUAGUCAGCACAGCAGAAACACAAAACCAGGACAUCUGCACCCAAGGGUAUCCUGGCAUCCCUGGCAAUCCUGGGCACAAUGGCAUACCUGGUCGUGAUGGACGUGACGGGUCAAAAGGAGACAAGGGAGAUACAGGUGAGCCAGGAGUUCCUGGCAGUCCAGGAAAAGAUGGAGUCAAUGGAGAGAAAGGUGAACAAGGGAUCAAUGGGACUGUUGAAGAGAAGGGGAACAAAGGAGAUAAAGGAGAAAGAGGACCACCUGGGAAACUGGGACCAAAAGGAUUUACAGGAUCAGUGGGUUACAAAGGUCAGAAGGGAGAGCUGGGACUGCAAGGACCAAAGGGGCUAAAAGGAGACAUUGGACCCAUAGGUCCAAAAGGGACAAAGGGUGAAAUUGGCCAUCCUGGAAGAGUCGGUUUCCCAGGGCCGAUUGGCCCGAUUGGCAAUCCAGGUCCUAAAGGUAAUACUGGAGGUAUAGGGCCACAGGGUAAUCCAGGAGUUCAGGGGGAAAGAGGCUUGAAAGGAGACAGAGGAGACAAGGGCAAUGUAGGUGCCCCAGGAGUCCUGCCAAGGAGUGCUUUCAGCGUUGGCCUUACAGCCAACACCAAGUUUCCCCCUCCGAAUCGCCCGAUCAAGUUUGACAAGGUGCUGUAUAACAGCCUGAAUGACUUCAACUCAGCCACUGGCAAGUUCACCUGCAGACACCCCGGUGUUUACUAUUUCACCUACCACAUCACUGUCUACUCAAGGAACGUGCGAGUAGCUCUCGUUAAGAACGGCAUCAAGAUGCUGCACACGGUGGACAGGUACCAGAGCGGAGAGGACCAGGCCUCGGGAGCCGCCAUCCUGGAGCUGCAGGGAGGAGACGAGGUGUGGCUGCAGGCCCACCAAGGAGAGGCUUUCAACGGGCUGUAUGCAGAUGGUGAUGAUGACACCACCUUCUCUGGGUUCCUCCUGUUCAGCACCGCUGACCCGCUGGAGCCACCGCUGCUGCCCGCCCUGUAACUUCAUGUUAUCCCUGAAUGCUGCAUGCCUGUGCCCUUCCACCCUCCCGAGGAAAGCUGCUGCCUGCUGGACAAUUUCUACUGGAUUCAGCAGGAAAUGGUUGGUGUCAGGAACAGCUUCUGCACAGAGGACAAGCCUUCAGAAUCUACAGUGCUGGGCUUAAUGCAUUAGUGGUUUGGUGACUAGCGUGGCACGGCAUGUAGGGAGUGUACCCCAGUUCUGAAGAACA